UUUGCUACGGGACCCCUCCCCUUCGCUCUGAUUGGCUGGUCAGCCUACCAGUCGUCACGUGAUAAGAAGCUAUCUGAAGAUUUCAAGAACGGUUCCAAGAUGACACUGGUUGUGCUGUGGUUCCUCCUGGUGGCUCCAAUGAUGCUGGUUGCAAGCAGGCCCGCUCAAGAUUCCAUCAAUGGGACAGUACCUCUGGUUAUGUGGCAUGGGAUGGGUGACAAUUGCUGCAACCCGCUCAGCAUGGGAGGAAUGAAGAAAAUGAUCGAACAGGAGAUUCCGGGAAUUUAUGUGCUUUCAUUAAUGAUCGGCAGUAAUAUUGUGCAGGACACCACAAAUGGAUUCUUCAUGAAUGUCAAUGAGCAGGUCUCAUUGGUGUGCAGUCAGCUGGCCCGGGACCCUCAUUUAAAGGGAGGAUAUAACGCGAUGGGAUUCUCACAGGGGGCGCAAUUUCUGAGAGCCGUGGCACAGCGAUGCCCUUCUCCACCGAUGAAGACGUACAUCUCUGUCGGGGGCCAGCAACAAGGUGUGUACGGGCUGCCGAGGUGCCCGGGAGAGUCAUCUCACAUCUGCGACAUGAUCCGAAAGGCCCUUAACACCGAAGCUUACACCGACGUGGUUCAGAAACAUCUGGUGCAGGCCCAGUACUGGCAUGACCCUUUAAAUGACGACCUGUACAAGAAGCACAGUCUCUUCCUGGCGGAUAUCAACCAGGAGAGGGUUGUAAACGAGACUUACAAGAAAAAUCUUCAGACGCUGGACAAGUUUGUCAUGGUUAAGUUUCUGCAUGACACGGUGGUGGAUCCUGUUGAUUCGGAGUGGUUUGGCUUCUUGAAAACGGGUCAGGCCAAAGAGACUGAAACGCUGCAGGAGAGUAUACUGUACAAAGAGGAUCGCCUGGGCCUGGCUGCCAUGGACAAGGCAGGAAAGCUGAUUUUUCUUGCAACAGAAGGGGACCACCUGCAGUUUACUAGAGAAUGGUUCAAUGCAAACCUGCUGCCUUACUUGCGCUGAGAGGGAGGGAAGGAAAAAAAAAAAAGGGAAUGCAGAAAGUAUAGCAUUCCCCACCAUUGCACUGAUCUGUAGCCUGUUGUUGGUGAACGGUAAAGCCAAUUUGUACCAGUCUUCUGUGGUCUUAUUUCCUUUGUGAAAUAUUUUUUUUAUUCGGUUAAAAUUUGCUUUUGGAAUGUUAAGAACCUUUUACAAGAUUAAGAGAGUUGCUGUUGACAUGUGCUUCUAAAUCCAAAUAAAGACGAGAAUGUUAUUGCAACGUUUUAAUGAUCUCUCCGGUACUAAUGAGCAGUAAUCUGAUUGUGAAACCAACUCCCUCCCCACACACACACAAAAAACAACAAAAAAAAAA